AUGGGCGAGGAGGAAGCAAAGACCUUGCCUAUGGAGCUGAGCGAGAAGGGGGGUGUGGAGAACAACGGGUUUGUUCAAAAUGAGGCUUUUGAUGACAAGGAGACCGAAACCAGCAGCCAAGAAGAAAUGCCAAAAACGUGCACUGUCGCUGUGGAUCCAGAGGCUGUGGAGGAGCCAGUGCUGAAGCCCUACGCAGGGAUGCCCAAGGAAGUCUUGCUGAAGUUCUCCAGCCAGGCCAGGUACAGGGUCACCAGGGAGAUUCUCUUCUGGCUCAUAAUUGCUGCUGCUGUCCUGCUCGUCUGCGCUACGAUUGCGAUCAUUGCUCUCUCUCCAAAGUGCCUCGACUGGUGGCAGGCUAGUCCGAUUUAUCAGAUCUAUCCUCGUUCCUUCAAGGACAGCAACAUGGAUGGGAACGGGGAUCUGAAAG